UGUGCAUCUUAUGUCAGAUCUUACAGACAUUGCACAAUACUCGAUUGCCAUAUACAUUCUUCUUAGAUUUGAUUUUUAAAGUACUAUUUCUGUUGAUUUCUCUUUGAAUAAUGAGCGGCAAAGUAACCGAAAACAGUAAACUAACCCAUGCAAAUGUGGUAGACAAUUGUGAUCAAUUAGAAAAAAUGAUGAAGCAAGUUUCAAUGCAAAAAUUUGAAAAAUUAUUUUACCCGGAUGACGUAGCACCAAAGGACUUUGAAAGGUUGAAGCUCGUCGGAGAAGGAGGUUACGGGAAGGUAUUCCAAGUGCGAAAACAAACUGGCGAGGACAAAGGAACAAUUUACGCAAUGAAAGUAAUCACAAAAAGAAAAGUAACUGGAACUGAGAAAGACUUGAGGCAUGCCAGAGACGAAAGAAAAAUCUUGGAAACAAUAAAUUCGCCGUUCUUGUGCGACCUGCACUAUGCAUUUCAAACAAAUGAAAAGUUGUACCUUGUGCUUGAGUUCUUGCACGGAGGAGAACUAUACACUCUUCUGGAAAGAAAAUCUGAUUGGCCCGAAGAGUAUGCAAGAUUUUAUCUCAGUGAGAUAAUUCUCGCUAUUGAGCACCUUCACGGCCAUGAUAUCGUCUAUCGAGAUCUGAAGCCAGACAAUGUGAUGCUGAAUCUAGCCGGACACGUGGUGCUCACAGAUUUCGGACUAUGCAAGUAUAAACUUAAGAAAGGCGAGAAGACGUUGACAUUUUGUGGAACACAUGAAUAUAUGGCACCGGAAAUGAUUCGAAAAGUCGGGCAUGAUCAUGCUGUUGAUGUCUGGGCACUCGGCAUCCUCAUGUAUGAUAUGUUCAUGGGAGGACCACCGUUUACUGGAGAAACACCUGCGGAUAAGGAUAAAAGCAUUUUGAAAGGAAAAGUGAGACUCCCCCCAAAACUUUCGGCGAGUGGGAAAGACCUUAUCAAAAGAAUUAUCAAGCGAGACCCGACGCUUCGAAUUACAAUUCCUGAUAUCAAAGAACACGAGUUCUUUGAAGAAAUCGAUUGGGAUAAGCUGAUGGCUCAUGAUUUUGAGCCACCAUUCAAACCUACUCUCGCAAAUCUAGAGGAUGUCUCUCACUUUGAUGAAAGUUUUACAAGCAUCGCACCGGAAGAGUCUCCUUGUAAAGCGAUUGUAACUGAAAAUGAGGAAAGGAAUUAUCUCUUCAAUGGGUUCAAUUUCAAUCGAACGUCAAAAACUAAAGAAACAAGAAAAACGACAAGUGCCGCAAGAAAAUUGACUACCACCAAUAACGUAGUUACCGCUCCCCAACUUCAAUGUGCCUAAUUCUCAAGCUCUGCAACUUUUCUUGUUUUCGGGUUUCUCUCAUUUUAUGCCAUUUUCCAAUUUCCAUGCAUUUUUCAAAAAUUGUAAUAAUUUUUUUGCCAAUUAUUGUUUUCAAAUAAUAUCUUAUUCUUAACAAAUCUAAUGAAAAGUUCAAAGUUUAUGAAUGAAAAAUUGAACGAUUAUUUGAAAAUCAUUUUAUUUUUACAAAUGUCCCCUGGUUCUUGAGUACAGUCCAUAUGAGUUCUACAAUUACCGGAAAAAAAUAAAACAUUAGUA